AUGAAGCACACGCGCGACUCUCGACCAGGCUGGGUGGUGGAUUCAAGUUACGACUGUGUGAGCGAUGUCGCCGUCGCAAGGUUGGCAGAACGGCACCCGGAAUAUGAUCCGAAAGCUGACGAGAGCGUGCAGAUCAAAUGUGACCGCAAGCGCCCCUGUUCAAGAUGUAUCAAAGCAGGAACAGAAUGUGUUCUGCAGGGAACUGGCGAGAAGCAGAGACCAGUAUCUAAAAGCUACGUCCAGGCUCUAGAAGGGCAAAUUAGUGCACUGGAGCAAGUGAUUCGCAAGCUGGCCAUUGCAGAUAGCACGGAAAGAGAUGAGAUUCUUCUAGAGUUGUCUCUGAGCUCGGCGCCCGAGGACGGCGCACCGCUUGACAAAAAGCCUCAGCCAAACCCGACUGGAGACCAUGGCGUUGCGGUUGCUCGGCUGCGCGCUGGACAAUUGAGACGGCCGCGAGAUGGUAACGCGACACAAUUCUUUGGCGGAACCAGUUCGUUUCAAAUUCACUUCUCCAGGGACGAGACUCAGACGACCCCUCGUACGUCAGCCAACAGCGAUGGCACAAUGGUGCAGGCUGAUUGCCAAGUCAACUCGAUGCUGGAAAUGACGGAUCUUGCACUCGAGGAGUCAAGUUCCAGUGGCAGUGGCUGCUUUCAAUAUGCGCCUCAUGACCAAACUUCUCAAACCCUGAUGGCUGCCUUCUUCACGGAGCAGUAUCAGUAUAAUAUGGUGGUUUACCGGGAAUACUUCCUCAGAGACUACGACGUGGGCUCUGGGAGAUAUUAUUCCGACCUGCUGCUCUACUCCAUGUGUUCGCUCUCGGCCCUCCUGUACGACGACUUCUUCAAAUUAUCCGACGUGUUUUCUGGCCAGGCGCAAGCACUGCUCUUUGCAACACUGGACAAGCCCGACCUGACCACACUCCAGGCCCUGAUUCUUCUAGGGCACCGAGAAAUCGCUGUAGGGCAGACAUCUAAAGGAUGGCUCUUUUGUGGCAUGGCUUUUCGACUGGCUCACGAAAUGGGGUUGCACCUCGACCCGAGUAACUGGGAUGCAUCCACGAGCUCCUUCCGCGAUCGGGAGAUCCUCCGUAGGGUCUACUGGGGAAUUUUUAUAGCCGACAAACAGCUAAGCCUGUACUUCGGGCGACCUCCAGCUCUAUACCCCAGCGAGUCGGAUGUGCGAAACACCAUCAGACUACAAUAUCCUCACGACUGGCAAAACUUGUUGGAAACGUAUAUCUGCAGGGGUGCCACGGUACCAGAGUACGAGAACGGCGUGGCGCUGGUUGGUUCCUUUAUAUACCAAGCAGAGCUCUGCAAGAUCAUUCACGUCAUGAUUGCGGAUCUCUUUGAAAACCGGCGAGGGGAUGUUGACCCAGCCAUUGCAGCGGCCAAGUCGCGCAAGAUUCACGUUUCGCUGACAAAAUGGCUUGCGAGCCUGCCAGGAACGCUGCACUGGAAUCAAUGGACAGUAGGACAGGUGCCAUCGCCUGUACUUCACCUGCACAUGUUAUUUCACACCGUCAUGAUCAUCCUCCAUCGCCCACCGUCGAAUAUGUUUGAAAAGCCUGGGAUCUCAGAAAGUGAAGAUGUUGAAAUAUGUUACGAAUCCCUCCCACUGGAUUUUGCACAAACGCUUUCCACGGCCACGGGGGCCGUCAUGAUGAAGCGGUUCUUCCAGAAAUCAUCGUGGGAGGACCCCGAGAUCGAACGGUCGCUGUCUCUGCUGACGGAAGCCAUGGACGAAAUACAAAACAGCCUGCCAUGUGUCAAGGAGAUUCGCGAUUGCGUAAGUGUCGCAAGGCAGUGCCGCGAGACAACUCUGCCUCCAGACGUACCUCUCAAUGCGCCGGACUUGAUGAAUGGGCUUGAGCUUGGCGGUGCUGACGCCACGACGGGGCCGCUGACUAGUUUUGACGACGAACUCGGCACAUUGAUCACCGAUGAGUUUCUGAGUGCUCAGCUUCAGGUCCAGGACGGCAGUGGAUUUGAUUUCGAGCCAUUUGACUUUAACAACCCACCAGAAGGGACGAUCGAUUCGCGGCAAUGA